AUGAAAAUCACAAAUCCUAAAAGUAGAAAACCCUAAACGUAGAAACACAAACGUAGAAAAGGCAACAACUGUUCAUCUUCUCAUCUCUGCAACCACUGUCCUUCUCUUCUCACCUUCUCAAACACAACACCUUAUCACCGUGUCGUCCUCACCAUUCGCCGAUUCUCCUCACAUCUUCGGUGAAAAUACAAGACGAAAAUGGAGAAUAACAAAGCCAUCAUUCAAGGUUCAAGUUCAAUUAGGCAGAAUGAUGAUGAGUUGGAGAAUGAAGAUAGUUAUUAUAUUUCAAGUGACGAGGAAGACAUAUGUCCUAUAAUCCAAGAAAAACUUGAACAGACAAAGAGGGUAGCUGAUAGAUGGCAACCAACUUGGCAUCAUGAUGAUGAUUUUGCCAUAUUUGGAGUGACAAAUGGAACUGAAACAUAUAUUGUGAAUUUAAUCCAAAAGACAUGCACCUGUAGGAAAUGGGAUUUAACGGGUAUCCCGUGUUGCCAUGCUAUUGCGUGCAUAUGGCACAACAAAAAAGAACCUGAAGAUUUUGUUUCCUCGUAUUAUAGGAAGAGUACUUUCAUGGCUACUUAUUCUCACAUCAUUUUGCCAACAAAUGGUCCCCAACUAUGGCGUAUAUCAAAAACAAUGGCAAUCAAUCCACCUGUUGUGAGAAGAGCUAUCGGCCGCCCAAAAAAAAAUAGAAACAAGGCUAAUGAUGAGAAAAAAAUCCACCCCAUGUAUUGCCUAGUGAUCUAAAAACAAAGACAUGUAAAAAAUGUCAAGUGAUGGGUCAUAACAAGAGGACGUGUGGAGGAAAGCGUGCUGCUGAUAGAUUGAUUCCAAAAGGCGGAAAUAAGGUGCUACUGGAAACUUAUUUUUUAUCUUAUAUUUCUAUUUUUAUCAUGUAACUCUAUUUUUUUACUUAAUAUUUGUUACUGAAAAUAUGUUUUGAUGGAAGCAAAAGAAGGCAAACAAGUCUGGUACGCAAGGAACAAAUUGUGCUAGUGGGUCUAGAGCUGGUGGGUCUAGUGCUGGUGGUUUUGGUGUACAAGGAAAUGAUGGGGCUGCAACUAUUUUAACUCAAGGAUCACAACCUCCUCCAACCCAAGAUUCUCAAGCAUAAUAUGUUUAUUAAUUAUGCUUGUUUUUUGAUUACGCAAUUAGACAUUAACUGUUGUUUCAUGGUGAUGUUGUUGCUCUUCAUCGUAUUGGAGCUGCUUCUGUUAUAAAGAUCUGCAUAGUCAAUUGAUGCAAGAAGGGUUGUGUUAUGUUUCAACUUAUCUAUUAAUUUUGCUGUUUGUCGAUCAUAUAAUGGAGGAUUUAGCUAUUAGCAGGUUUUGGUAUUUUUUGUUGUUGAUGAACUAGGUUUUGGUAUUUACUGUAAUAUUGCAGAGUA